GCGCCGCAAAAACAAAACGCGUAUUGUCUGUCGGGCACGGUGCGGGCGCACACAGCGAAAGGCAAUUUACGAAGUGUUGUAUAUUUUGUGUGAAUUGUGAAUUGUGAGCAACCAAAUCAUUGACGGUGAAUUUUUUACUGUUUUUAUCAAAUAAAUGCAAAACAAAAUCAAACGUAUUGGAAAUGUCCUGAAAGUGUUUGCCACCAACAAAAGCCUUUGUUGUUGUUAAGCGAGAAGAGCGUGUGUGUGCAGUGAGAGUGCGUUUCGUGUGUUUUUCUUAGUGUGUGUGUCGUCGUCUCGUGUAUGGUGCUAAAAUUUACACAAACCCACCUACACACACACAACACACACGCAUACACUCACACACACACUCACACAAAUACAAACAAACAAACACAUACAUAUAUCGAAACGUAUACAUUCGCGCCGCAUCACCCGGCAUCACAACAAUAAUAACAACAACAACAUCAAGAACAGCCAAAACAAAACUCAUACGACAUUUAUUAUUGUGAGGCGCAGCGUGCGCGCUGCUGCUGCCGCCAAAGAAAAAAAAACCGCAAACAACAAGCAAGAAGAACAAGAACAUUUUUUAGACACGCAUAAACGUACGCAUAAACAACUGCACAGCUGCUUACGCACAUACAUACAUACAUACAUAAACAUUCAAUACAUACAUACAUAUACGCGCAUUUGCAUUAGAAAACUAACCAAAAAAUACCAAAACACACACACACACACGCACACAUAAACAAACAACAAAAUACCAAUCAAUGGCAGAUUUAAUGCGUUUGGGUAAUGUGGACGUUGUCAUUCAGAAAGAUAAACUUGGCUCGCCAACGGGCGGCUCCGAUGACGGCAACCUAGCGGCAUUGGGCGGUAUAACGGGUCUCGGCGCCAUGAUGGCAGCUGGCGGCAUUGAUUUGGCCGAUCUGGCACAGGAAUUGGAUCAGGAUGAAUUCGAUGGGCCGCACAUGCUAAAUGGCGAAAGGCCGGCGAUAAUUGCGCCGCCGGAAAGUGAAUGGUACCAUGGACGACUCGAUCGCUAUUCGGCAGAGGCGCGUCUUCGCGGCAGCGGCAAAUUGGGCAGUUAUCUAGUGCGCGAAAGUGAUCGGAAACCCGGCUCUUAUGUGCUCAGCUAUUAUGGACGCACGGGCAUCAAUCAUUUCCGAAUUACGGCCGUAUGCGGUGACUUUUACAUUGGCGGUCGUCAGUUUAUCUCAUUGAGCGAUCUCGUUGGCUAUUACACCUCAUGCAGUGAUCUGUUGAAGCGUGAACGCCUUGUGUUUCCCGUUGCACCGCCGGAGCCGGUUAACGAUAAGAAACGUGUGGUGGCCAUUUUGCCGUACACGAAAAUGCCGGAAACGGAUGAGUUGAGCUUCCAGAAGGGCGACAUCUUCUUUGUGCACAACGACAUGGGCGACGGUUGGCUUUGGGUGACUGCUCAUCGUACUGGCGAACAGGGAAUGAUUUUCCGUGAGCUUGUCGAUGAUUUGGAUGUCUCCAUCGAUCCGAAUACCGUGUUUCCCUGGUUCCAUCCCAAUUGCACCAAAAACGAGGCCGUCGACAUGCUAGUCAAGGCUGGUCCUGGUAGCUUUCUGGUGCGCCCCAGUGACAAUUCUCCCGGGGACUAUUCGCUCUUCUUCCACAUUAACAAUCAGAUCCAACGAUUUCGCAUCGAGAAGAAAGGCGUUCGCUAUCUGAUGGGCGGUCGGACAUUCGAAUGCCUCGACGCUGUGAUCAAUCGUUAUCGCAAAGAGCAAAUUGUCGAGGGACAUUCACUCAAUCAUCCCGUGGUCAAUGGCUCACAGCCGGAGUUCAAUCAACAGUAUGUGGUUGAGAAGGCCGCCGAGAAGAUUUACGCCACGCUGCGCGAAUGUCGCGAUCAGAUUGGCCUCAAGAAGAUCAAGGGCAUCAAGCAUCAUGGGCAUUUGAAUAAAAAGUCUGACAAGACAACCAAAUGGAAGCAAUUGUACUUUGCCCUCAUCAACGAUGGCACCGAGACCCAAUUGUGCUUCUAUGACAAUCCCAAAAAGACUAAGCCCAAGGGUCUAAUUGAUCUGUCGUGUGCGUAUUUGUAUCAGUGCCAUGAUUCGCUCUGGGAGCGACCCUAUUGCUUCCAAAUUGUGGAGCGUGCGUUGCCCUGUUUGGCCACCGUCACGUAUCUGUGUGCGCCCAGCCAGGAGAGCUAUGUGGAGUGGAUAAAUGCAUUGAAGGCCCAAUGCGAUUCGCAGUUGAGUCGGGCACAGAAGAAGGUGUCGCGACUGCGCGAGUUGCGUUGCCUCAAUUUGCAUGUGCUCGAGGCGCAUCGAUUGCCAUUUAAACUGGUGCCACAUCCCUACUGCAGUAUUUCGCUCAACCAGGUCAAGGUGGGCAAGACACGCGUCAAGAUUGCACCCGAGCCCGUCUGGGAAGAGGAGUUUGUGCUCGACGACGUGCCACCCGAUGUCGUCUCCCUGACCAUCACGCUAGUCUCGCGCGGCAAACGCGGCAAGGACUCGGAGGUGGCCGAGCUGACCAUCGAUUUGGCCAGCUUGAAGAAUGGCCAGGAGACCGAGGGAUGGUACCAGCUAACGGGCAUGACACCGAUGGGCGAAUGGGGAUCGCUGCGUCUGCGCAUGCGCUAUCUGGACGAUCUGAUCAUGCCCUGCGAGGAGUACAGUCCACUGCAGCAGCUGCUCCUCGAGCCCGAGCUGUAUGCGGUCAAAGCCCUCGCUGAGCUCUGUCACAACGAUCGUGUUCCGUUGGCGACGGCGCUGCUGCGCGUAUUUCGGCACGAGAAACGCGAAACGGAAUUGAUACGCAUCCUGUGUCAGGCGGAAGUGGCGCGUGAGAAUGAGACAACCACACUCUUUCGGGGCGCUUCGUUGGCCACCACGCUGAUGGAUUUGUAUAUGCGGACCGAGUGCAGCGGAUUCCUGCAGUCAGCGGUCAGCGAGACGGUGCAACGCAUACUGGAGAGCAAACAGUCAGCCGAAUUGAAUCCCACUAAAAUGGAUGUCAACGAUGAUGCGUGCACAAAUGCGGAAUUUCUGCUGCAGAUACUCGAUCUGGUGACCCAAUCGAUAUUCACAUCACCGGAUGCGUGUCCACGCAAUGUGCGAUACAUUUGCAAUUGCCUGCAGAAGGCGGUGGUGGCCAAAUGGCCAACGGAGCGCUUGGUGCGCACUCGUGUCGUCUCCGGUUUUAUAUUCCUGCGUCUGCUCUGCCCGGCGCUGCUUAAUCCGCGCCAGUUUGGUCUUGUCAGCGAGACACCGCCAACGGCGGCAACGCGUUCCCUCAUCAUGGUGGCCAAAUGUCUGCAGAAUCUCGCCAAUCUCAUUGAGUUCGGUGGCAAGGAGCAAUACAUGGAGGUGGUCAAUCCGUUUAUAUUGAAGAACAAGGAGCGCAUGAUUGUGUUCUUGGAUCAAUUGUCGCUGGUCACCGAUCCCAAUCCGCCGCUGGGCAUGUUUGUCGAACAGAACUCGAAUCACAAUGCACAGGACACAGGACGUGAGUUGGCGACAUUGCAUCACAUUUGUGUCUCCUAUUUGCCGGAACUGCAAGAGCUAUCGAAUAUCCUGUCGAUCAAGAAGCUCGUCACGGUCACCGAUAUGCUGACCAAGCACAAAUUGAAGUAUCGCGAGAUGAUCAGCUAAGGGAGAGGAGAGGAAUAGGAGCAGCAGGAACAGAAGGAACAGAAGGGGAAUAGAGACAGGCCGAAAGCAGAAAACAGAAAGCAGAAGAGCCACAACGCAACAGUCAGUUUAUAUAUAGAUAUUACAUUUUUAUAUAGAUAUUUACAUAUACAACACACACACACACACACAUAUACAUAUAUAGUAUAUAGACAGUUGAUCGCCCGAAACACACACACAGAACAGAAUCAGAAAUCAAGAAAUUACUUAGUGCAUAUUGUGAGAAUAGUUCCAGUAGGAUUAGUCAAGCUUUUCUCGCGGCAUUUUUUCGUUUUGGUUUCUUUCUGUACUUUCACAUUCUCUCUCUCUCUCGCUCUUUCUCUAUCUAGGGUGAAAGUACAGAUAGAGUCCAAAUAUAAUAUAUGUAUGUAUAUUAUAUAUUAUAUUAUAUGUAUAGCGUAUAGUGUGUGUCUUUUUUUUAUUUUUAUACAAAUCGAAAUUAUACAUUAUGAAAAUGCAGCAAGCAGCUAAAACGAAAAAAAAGCAAAUAAAGUAAUUUAGUAAUUAGCCAGGUCGAAAAAUGUGUUCAGCAACAACAACAACAACAGCAACAACUAACUGAAAAUCUGAUUAAAAAGGGAAAAGAUGAGAGGAAAACGAAACGAACAACAACAAAAAGUAUUUAUACAUUUUUUUGCAAUUGUGUCUUUAAAAUACAAAUAAAAAGACAUAAGAAACACGCGUGGCCAUUAAAUUCAACAAAGCAAAACAAAAAAAAGAAUACAAGAAAACAAAAAAAAAAAAAAUAACAAAAAAUAAGUACAUUUAAUAAUGAAUGAAAAUAAUGCAAUAUUAUGAAAAUACUUUUCGUCUUAUUAAUUGAUUUAAGCUUGAUAUGGAAUAUACAUAUUAAUACAUAUAAAUAUAUAUAUACACACACACAUAUAUACAUAUUUUAAAAGCAUACAUACACAAGUUAAUUAUACUAUAUUCACGAACUAUUAUCUCUCUAUUAUGUAUUACUACUAUUAUUAUGUAUAUUAUGCAGAGACUCAUCGCGUACUCAGUUGCAUUUUCAAUACUUUUAACUAACGAGUUUUUUUUUUGUUUGAUAAUGAUUUGUAUUUGUUUUACCUUGUAUGCAGGCAACAUUUGACUUGUAUUUAUUUUUUGUAUUUUAUUUUGUAUGUGUGUACAAUACUUUUGCUUGGAAGCAUUCAUACAACUUUCUCUAUUCAUGAUCAUCAUCUCUAAAUGCAUUAAAUAAAAUGCGUCUCGUCUCUUUAUAUUACCAAUUGCAAUUCGUAUGUAUGUGAAAUGAAAAUGAAACACAAAUAAUGACGUAGCUGAACUUUUUGAGAAACAUUUAAGUUCAUAAUUGUAAUUUGUAACGCAUCAAAAUGAUUAAGAAGAUAAAACAAAUAGUUAUCUAUAUAUACAAGUAUACAUAUAUAUAAACUUAUAUAUAUAUAUGUAUGUAUACAGCAUCUGCAUCCUAGUCAAAAGAAAAGCAAACAAAACAAAAAUAAACAAAACUUACGAGAAAUAAUAAACAAAAAUUA